GAGUGCAAAAAAUUAAUUACCACAAUGGGUGACAUAAAAACUUUCGAAUCAAAUUUAUCCCAACAAAUUAUCAUGCCUCGCCACUACAAAAACACUAUUGCGAUCUGUAUCAACCGUCGCCGAAGAGCCAGAAAUGCCUUUACUUUGCGUGGUGCCUUAGAUGUAGCUCAAAAUGAAAAUCGAAAAAGAGUACAAGAGUUAGAAGAAAUGUUAGAAGAAAGAAAAGAACAGAUUGUAGAGAUGGUGCAAAGAAAUUGGUUAAGAGAGGAGAAACAUA